UUGCCCACUUGUCCAAGACUCUCUCUCCCAAGAAUACAAAACUUGCGGCUCUCUAGAUGUUGCUGGACUCCUACUCCCAUCACCUCCAGCCAGCAUGGACAAUUAUCAGGGGCAAUGGGAAUUGUAGUCCAACAAAUUAUGGAGGACAACAAGUUCCCCAUCUCUGAUCUAUCCAGUGCACUGACUGACUGUUGCCUGCAAAUAAGGAAGUUUCAGAAUGACUGCAGAACGAAUGGCUGUGCUUUCAUGCAGGUGCAGAGAGGUCAAUCCCAGGAUUAAACCAACACAUGACUGACUGAACCGUGAUGUGAUCCAUUACAAGAGAUUUGCUGAACUGCCCAAUUGGUGUGUUCCAUUUUCUCAAGCCAUUUAAAACAAGUGACAAAUCUGAUUGCUCCUUUCCUCAGACACUCGGGGCAUAGCCCGCGCAGGAAAUCGUAGGCAGCUUCUCACACACAUCUUGUCAUUUCUGGAUAAAGAAGCAAGGCCUUCAAACUGACAGUCCUUUGGAUUUGCCGUUUUUCCUCCCUUGGAUGUCCUUGGGAUUAAAGAAACAAGGGGUGGUGAAUACAUUAAAUCCAGAUUAAGUUUAGCUGGAUGCAGCGGAGCCAUCAACAGGGAAGAGCAACACAUGAAAGCAAGAAACAGGACGGCGGGGGAAAGCCAGAGACUCACCCUACCCCUGUUCAUCUCUGUGGUUUGCUGGAGUAUGUUUCACCUCUUCUCUUACUGCUGGUCUUGGCUGCAGGCUCUCCAAGAGCCAAUGAGGAAAGUGACCAUCCUUGUCCUUGGCCUAGACAGUGCAGGAAAAAGUUCCCUGGUGAAAGAAAUCCAGAGAGUCCUCUCCUGUGAAGUGCUUCCCAUCACGAAGCCAAACCAGACGGCACUCAGGGUGGACAGGUUUGAGGUGUCCCUCAUUGACCUGCCUGGUGGACAGCAGUCCUUGGGAACCUGGAGGGACCAAUACAGCACUGCACAUGGGAUUAUCUUUGUGCUUGACUCCAGCGAUGUGGCAAGGAUGGAAGAGGCCAAGAAGACUCUCUCCUGUGUUCUGGGGCACCCCAAAGUUUCAGGAAAGCCUCUGUUAUUGCUGGCAAACAAGCAGGACAAACUGGAUGCUCUCUUGCCCUGUGAGAUCAUUGAGUACCUGUCUCUGGAAAAGUUGGUGAAUGAAAACAAGUCGUUGUGUCGAAUUGAACCAUGUUCGGCUUCCAAAAGGCUUCCCAAAAUGCAAUGCUGGACCAUCGUUCAAGGGCUACAUUGGCUAUUGCGUACAAUUGCCACCAACUACAGUGUACUGUGUGGUCGCAUCCAGGAAGACAGUCCUGAACAGCAAGUGUCACUGGAGCAGGAUGUAUCCAAGAAAGUACAGAAAUCCAGGAACAGGACAUCAGAAGCCAGGGAGUCAUUGGCCAGAAGAGAGUGCAGCCAAGGAGGAAAUGCCAAGAUGGAGGAAAAGAAACCCACAAAGCUGCCCCAGAAUAUCCCCUCCCAGCAGGAAGAAAUGCCGGUGGCCUCCAAGAAAAAGAAAGGGAAAUUAAAGCUGAAGGUGAAGAAGAAAAGUUUGGUGCAGUCGGAGAAUACCUUGACAGAAGAUGACAGUGCGAAAGCAGCAGCAAGUGGGAGCAAAGUGGGAGGUGUCACUGUCCGCCGCCCCAGCAACAAGGUUGCCCAAGAGAACCCCAGAGUUCUGGAAUCAACUCCACCCCCAGCAGGACAAAGCACAAAGAAGAAAAAUAAAAGACUGAAAAAUAAAGUCAAAUCUCAGGAAUCAUCACAGACCCAGCCAAACGAGCACCUAUCAAGCACUUUUGAUUUGUAUCGGAGAGCCAUGCUGGCUUUGAAAAUGCAGCCACAGGGCCGGAAGCCACAGUCUACAACUACUCCCUAAAUGAGGUGCUCCACAUUUUCCCUUGGGACUGGGGAUUCAAAGUGGUAUUAAGAGAAUUGAAGAAACUGCAGCAGCGAGGCCAAACCUGAUUCUGAGGUGCUCCAAGCUCAUCUGCAAGAUGUUGCAAGGUGUUUAAAGGGGCAGGUGUUAGCAUACAGUUGGUAGUCGACGGAAAGAGCCCUCCCCAAAUGGAAAGCCAGGGAGCUUCCUGUCUGUCGCUGUUUUCGAGGGAGUUCAAUCACAUACUGGCAAAGUAAAGUUGUGCAAUUAUAAGAGGUCUUGCGCAACAAAUCCGCUUCCCUCAAAACACUGAACUUCUUUUGCAAUAAGGAAAGGGAAAGGCACUGGAAUGUGUGGGAUAAUGCCAGUUUUGACACAAGCAUCAUCUUAACUUCCUGGAAGCAAAUCAUAACAAAUCCUCAUUAAAUAGCCAAUGGCAGCUAAUUUCCCUGCAAUGAAAUCAGGAUGAAUGCUCUACUAACAAGGCAACUGGAAGCAUCCCUGGUCUCAGAAGCAGAAGAGUGGGGUGCCUUCAGAACUCCUCCAAGUCACUUUGCUAUCUGAGGCAGAAGACAAGAUGGUGUGUCCACCGCCCCCUAUUCUACACAAGAAGCUGAACAAGACUGGUGGUUGAAUCUCUGCCUUCAGCAUUAGCAACAGAACAGCAUCUCCACCAUGCCUGAAGGUAGUAGACUUGCCUAGGGAGCACAUUGUAGGCCACUUGUGCAAACAGCUCCCCAGAAUCUUGCUGCUGUUCCCUGCCUCCCAGCAUUUCCUGCCUGAGCUGGUUGCCUCAUUCUGCCUAAUAGUUGAGUUGGCCUUGGGUGGCUCUGGGGCAGCGAUGGAGAAGUGAAAUAUACUCGGAGUUGAGAAGAACCUUUUUCAUUUCUUUGAUGGCUAACUUUCCAUGAGCCACAUGCUACUGGUGGGAAGAGCCAUUGCAAAAGGUGGGUGGGGGCGAGGCCACUCUUCUCUCUCUCUCUCUCUCUCUCUCUCUCUCUCUCUCUUUCUCUCUCACACACACUUAUUUACAUCCACACACAAAUACAAUUUUGCAUUCAUACACAUGCACACAUUAUACCCACAUGCAUCUAUUCUCACAUAUAACAUACACACAUUCAGUACCUCUCUCCCUCUCUCCCAGACACUUCCAAGAAAUUAGAAUUUAACAAGAUUUGGGCUGUGUACACAUCAAAUUUUAAAAAGCAUUCUGUGCACAGCAAGUGCGGACGUUUUCCAAAUUGUCACACUACAUCAUACAUAUCCAACACAUGUUCUGAAGUUAUUCUCCACUUCUUCUCAUUCUUAUUUUAAGUUGAGAGCAUUGGGGAAAUGCAAUAUAAAUUUGCAUCGCUCUGUUGUGUAGAUAUCAGGAAGCACAUUGUGUGACUACCUAGUUGUUGGAUGGUUUCCAAUUGUUCAGGUGUGGAAAGCAGAUAGGAUUACAUUACUUCUGGAAGCAGUAACAGACUUUCGAAGGCUAGUUGAGGGGAGGGAAUGUCAGUGAAACAAUUCAUAUCCAUCCCAUCACACCAUGACGACUGAUGUGCAUGGCAUGAACCAGCAUAAGUCUACCUGAAAUUGACAUUAAAGCAUAAAUGUGAAGAUGGGUUUACAUAAAUGCUCACUGAGUAAAUCUGAGUUAAAAUGGCUUUUGUAUGCUUUAAACCAGCAAUGUGUGCAUAUGCCUUCCUGCCUCAUCCCAUGAAGAGGGAGAGUUUUCAGGCAUCAUAUUUAUGAAGAAGAAAGGAUCGAUAUUCUGGAUACCCUUAGAAUUGCCUUAUCCUUUAUGUCACAGCGGGUGGCACUGUGGGUAAAACCACAGUGCCUAGGACUUGCCGAUCGUAUGGUUGGCGGUUCGAAUCCC